AUGAACUUGUCAUCUACCAACACGACUGUGGCAGUUCUGAAUCGAGAAACUUUCUCUAAAGCUUUAACAAAGAAUCUGAUUGUCGUGGUUCUCGGGAUUUCAAUCAACUACAUCAAUGUCGGCCUCUUUCACACCUACCUCAAAUACCAGAUCUUCUACAUGAAUCCCCGCUACAUCCUUUUCAUUCACCUGGUGGUCAACGACAUGACCCAAGUGAUGCUGACCAUCAUCCUGUUCAUCAUCAGCUACACCAUCUACAAACUCCACGUCUCCCUCUGUUGCAUUUUAGUUCUCCUGGCUCUGUUCACCACUGAAAACACUCCUCUGAAUCUGGCCUGCAUGGCGGUGGAGUGCUACAUCGCCAUCUGCUUCCCCCUUCGCCACACGCAGAUCUGCACAAUCAAGAGAACUAGGAUGGUGAUUGGUUUAAUCUGGGCGACCAGCCUGCUGUCAGUUCUCCCUGAUCUCUUCAUCACCUUGGCCACAGAGCCUCUGGACUUCUUCCAUUCCAGAGUGCUCUGUCAGCGGCAAACCGUUUUCCCUCAUCCCCUCAUUGUCAAGAAGAGGGACAUCACUUAUGCUGUGUUUUUUGUGAUGGUUUGGCUCAUCAUCUUUUACACCUACUUCCGGAUUCUGUUCAUGGCUAAAGCAGCUAGUCAAGAUGCUAGGAAAGCCAGAAACACCAUCAUUCUUCAUGGGUUUCAGUUGCUGUUGUGUAUGACAACAUAUGUAGCUCCUUCUUUAUUAAGUGUCCUGCAGCAGAGGUUCCCUAAGAAUUACACAGACUCACUUUUUGCUUACUAUAUUAUUGUACAAAUCUUGCCAAGAUCCAUUAGUCCGAUCAUCUAUGGCGUACGAGACAAGACUUUCAGGAGGUAUCUGAAACGGCACCUGAUGUGUAAAAUCAGCAUAUCCUAG